AUGACUGUUUCGCAAUUACUUAAAGAAAGAGUCAGAUACGCUCCAUAUUUGAAAAAAGUUAAAUUAGCAGAUGAAUUAAUUCCAUUAUUUAAGCAUGGUCAAAACUUAGGUUGGUCAGGUUUUACAGGUGUCGGUACGCCAAAAGCUGUUCCAGAAGCUUUAGUAAAGCAUGUGGAAAAAAAUAAUUUACAAGGAAAAUUAGCUUUUAAUUUAUUUGUUGGAGCUUCUGCAGGUCCAGAAGAAGACGCUUGGGCUACACAUGAUAUGAUCCUAAGAAGAGCUCCUCAUCAAGUCGGUAGACCAAUCUCUAAAGCAAUUAAUGAAGGUAAGAUACAAUUCUUCGAUAAGCAUUUAUCGAUGUUUGCUCAAGAUUUAACCUAUGGGUUUUAUACUAAAGAUAGAAUGGAUCCUCACGCUUAUUUAGAUUAUACUAUUAUUGAAGCUACCGCAAUUAAAGAAGAUGGUUCGAUUGUUCCAGGGCCUUCUGUUGGUGCUUCACCUGAAUUUAUUUCUUGUAGUGAUAAAGUUAUUAUCGAAGUUAAUACUGCUACACCAUCCUUUGAAGGUUUACAUGACAUUGAUAUGCCUGUAAAUCCACCUUUUAGAAAGCCUUAUCCAUAUGUCAAUGUCACUGAUAAAUGUGGUCUGGAUUCUAUUCCUGUGGAUCCAGAAAGAGUCGUUGCUAUUGUUGAGAGUACCACUAGAGAUAUAGUGGGUCCAAAUACUCCUUCUGAUGCUAUGUCUAGAGCCAUCGCAAGUAAUUUGGUCGAUUUCUUUAGACAUGAAGUGAAAAUGGGUAGAUUGCCUGAAACUUUACAUCCUUUACAAAGUGGUAUUGGUAAUGUGGCUAACGCAGUCAUUGAAGGUUUAACUGAUGCUAAAUUUAAACAUUUAACAGUUUGGAGUGAAGUCAUUCAAGAUUCAUUUUUGGAUUUAUUCGACAAUGGUACUUUAGAUUAUGCUUCUGCUACCUCUGUAAGAUUAACUGAAGAUGGUUUCAAGAGAUUAUUCUCAGACUGGGACAAUUUCAAAAAUAAAUUAUCUUUGAGAUCUCAAGUCGUUUCAAACAAUCCAGAAUUGAUUCGUCGUUUAGGUGUCAUUGCUAUGAAUACUCCGGUAGAAGUAGACAUCUAUGCUCAUGCUAACUCCACUAACGUUAAUGGUUCAAGAAUGUUGCAUGGUCUAGGUGGUUCGGGUGAUUUCUUAAGAAACGCCAAGUUGUCAAUCAUGCACGCUCCAUCCGCUAGACCAACUAAGACCGAUCCAACUGGUAUAUCUACAAUUGUUCCAUUUGCAUCUCAUGUCGAUCACACCGAACACGAUUUGGAUAUUUUGGUCACAGACCAAGGUCUGGCCGAUUUGAGAGGUUUAGCACCAAGAGAAAGAGCUCGUGAAAUCAUUAAUAGUUGUGCUCAUCCAGACUAUAGAGAUCUAUUGACUGAUUAUCUAGAGAGAUCAGAACAUUACGCAACUAAGAAAAAGGCUUUACACGAACCUCAUAUGUUGAAGAACGCUUUCAAAUUCCAUAAUAAUUUGGUAGAGAAAGGUACUAUGAAAGUCGAUUCUUGGGACCCUGUAGAGUAA